ACUGAAGAAGAAAUUAAUACUUUGAGACAAGUACUAUCUUCCAAAAUUAGGAAAAUGCAAGACUUGAAACGUAAGCUGGGAAUUACGGUUUGGAAAGAAUUUCGUGAUGACAUGGAGCAAGGCAUACGCAAUAUACAGGAAUCUCCUGCAUACCAGAAAACUAGUCAAACUUUAAAAACAGCAAGUGAGAAAACAUCAGAAGCAUUUGGUACCCUUGGAGCAACCGUUAGCAAGAAACUUGAAGAAGUUAAGCAAUCACCUGCUUUCAAAUCUCUUGAAGAAAAAGUUGGAUCUGCUUAUACUAAUGUCAAGACCAAAGUUAGUGGAACAAGUUCUAAUGAAACCAAUCCUAGCCGAAGCAAUGGAGAAUCACUUAUUGAUAAAAUAAGUGGAAGCCCAAACUCUGCUGAACAUUCAUAACCAGUAAUAUUCACAAAUGCAUGCUCUUUGUUCAAUUUUCUCUACAGCUUUCAAGCCCCUGGUAUGCUUUUUUUUUUUUUUUUUUUUUUUUCAGUUUGUCAUUAUUCUUGAUCCAAACCAUUGUUUAUUCCUUUUUCUUUCUUUCGUAACUUCAAAAAUUGCUAAUUUUGAUUUUUGAUGUAAAAUUAAUGUUUUCAGAGUUCAGUUGAACCUCAUUAUUUUGGUUUUAAGAUAGCAUAAAAUUUUAAUAAGUGUUUUGGAUUUGUACAUAAUAUUUGAUCUGAAAAGUUUUUUUUUUUUUUUUUUUUUUUUGUUAUUUUAAUUAUUCAAC